CUCGUCACGUGCAGGGGGGGGGGGGGGAAGGGGGGGGGUUGUCGGGCCGCGGCUCCGCUCAGACCGCGAUGGAGAAGGAGGAGGUGACGCUAGAGGAGCCGCAGGAAACCCGGACCGGAGACGGUCCCGAGCCCGCGGAGAAGCAGGAACCCGACAAAACUGAAGAAGAUGAACCUUCCAAAGAUGAAACGUCAAGUUUGAAGGACAAAUCCAACAGAUUUCAUCCAUAUUCAAAAGACAAGACGACAAAUGAUGACAAGAAGGUUUAUAACCGUAACCGAGUUUUCAUUAACAACAUCCCGUUUGAUACAAAGUGGCAGUUCAUUAAAGACCUGAUACGAAAGGAAGUUGGUGAUGUUAUAUACGUGGAACUCUUUAAGGAUGCUGAAGGAAAGUCAAUGGGUUGUGGUGUUGUGGAAUUCAAAACAGAAGAUUUAGUCGCAAAGGCUUUGGAUGUUAUGAACAACUAUGAACUUGAUGGAAGAGAGCUUAACAUAAAGCAGGAUGCUGAAGGAGAACAUGCUCGCAAAGCGGUGCAACGUGGAGGAGGUGGUUCAUACCAUGGUGGACCUAGGCCAGAUAUCAGUUCAUCAGUUCUGAAUUUGCCACUUCAUCUUAUCAACAAUCCAAACAUACCUGCCGAAGUCCUCAACGCGCUGCAGGCUGGACGAUUAUUACCAACUGUAUUUGUUGCUAAUCUUGAUUUUAAAGUGGGUUGGAAAAAGCUGAAAGAAGUAUUUGCCAUGGCUGGGACGGUAAAACGUGCAAAUGUCAAAGAAGGCAGAGAUGGCAAGAGCCGUGGCUUAGGGACUGUGACAUUCGAACUGCCGCUCGAAGCCAUUCAAGCUGUCGCUAUGUUUAAUGGACAGCUUUUGCUUGACAGACCAAUGCUUGUGAAAAUGGAAGCCAGAUCCCUUCCACAUGAUGACUUUUGUUCUAUGGCCCAGAUUCCUCAAUUGCCUAGUGGACUCGGUGGCAUUGGAAUGGGACUUGGACUUAGUGGCCAACCGAUUGCUGUGAAUGAAAUAAAAAUGAACAAUGCAAUGGGCAUCAUGGCAUCUGGAGGAAGUGGAAUGGAUGGAACUGCCUCUGGGGGAAUAAACCAAAUGGGUGGAGGAAUAAGUGGUUCCACUGGUUUCAGUGGUGAAAUGGACGUGAUGAAAAAUGUAGGAGGCUACGGUGGUGGACCCAUGGGAAGCAUGGGCAACAUGGAUCGAAUGGCAGGUAUGGGUACAGUUGAAAACUUCAAAGGAAAUAUGGCCCCAGGAAUGGGAAACAUGGGAGGAAUGGGCAGCAACAUGAGUGCUGUUGGCGGAAUGGGCAGUGGUGUGGCUGGAAUGGGAAGCAGUAUGGGAGAAAUGUAUCGUGCUGGAAUGGCAUCCAAUGCUAUGGGUGGUAGUUCUGAUCGAGAAUUUGGAAGAAGUGAUCUGGGUGUGAAUCGUGGUUUUGGGGAUUCAUUUGGUGGAAUGGGAGGUGGAAUGGGUGGAAAUUUCGGAGGACCCAUGGGCGGCGGAAUGGGGAACACUUGUAUGGACAUAAUGGCUUCUGCAUUAAGAGGUGGAAUGGGUGGAAAUUUCGGAGGACCCAUGGGCGGCGGAAUGGGGAACACUUGUAUGGACAUAAUGGCUUCUGCAUUAAGAGGUGGAAUGGGUGGAAAUUUCGGAGGACCCAUGGGUGGCGGAAUGGGGAACGCUUGUAUGGACCCAAUGGCUUCUGCAUUAAGAGGUGGAAUGGGUGGAAAUUUCGGAGGACCUAUGGGCGGCGGAAUGGGGAAUGCUUGUAUGGACCCAAUGGCUUCUGCAUUAAGUGUAAUGGCGGCUAUGAAUAGCAUGGCUGGAGGCAUGGCGAUGGGUAUGGAUUGCAUGGGGUCCAAUCUUGAUCGAAUGGGACCUGGAAUGGGAGCAGGGACUGAAAUGAAUAUGAAUCAUGGAUUUGGAAGUGUGAACACGGGAUCAAUGGGAAGUGGAUUAAAUGACCGUUCAAGUGGUUUUCAAAGCUCUCAGAUCUUUGUAAGAAAUCUUUCUUAUAAUUUAACAUGGCAGAAGCUAAAGGAAAGGUUCGAUAAAUUCGGUCAAGUAGUUUUUGCAGAAAUAAAAAUGGAAAAUGGCAAGUCCAAGGGGUGUGGGAUUGUGCGGUUUGAUUCCCCAGAAGUUGCAAAAAAAGCCUGCAUACUGAUGAACGGCGCAAAGAUUAAUGGGAGAGUGAUAGAUGUACGCAUGGAUCCCAAUGCGUGAAUGAAGACUAUGCCAUGUAUAGGAAGAUACAACUUGACAUUAACUUUAUUGUUUGUUUUUUUUUGUACUGAAGUAAUUUCCAACCGCUGUUAUGUUAUGUGAACUAUGAUGUCAUUUUAAAGUUUGCCAGCUCAAAUUGGAUAUUGACUGUUGUAUGUUGAUGUAAUUUCUGUCAUCGGACUGUUUUUAUAUAUAUAUAUAUAGAGAGAGAGAGUAAUUUAGUUGACACAUUUGGUCACCUGUUUGAAUGGAUACAUUUUUCAAUAAAAUGUUGUCUAAAUUUACUUGGAUUUUUAAAAUAAUGAAAAGAAUCGAGAAUUGUUAUGAAAAUCUCCACUUGAAGAACUGCGUGCAAGGCUUAUAUACAUUUCCCUCAAAAUGUAAGGCUCUUUGUAGGGAAGCACCAGGUCUCAAUUCAGAUCUUUGCAAAAUGUAACUGGAUUUGUUUGUGCCAAUGGUCUGUACUCUAUAUUUAUUAGUUCCCCCUAAAAUCCAGAGAUUAUAAUCCGGUGCUCCACAAACUGAAUACCAGAUACUUUUAAUAUUUUAGAAGAUGGACACAAAGUGCUCGAGUAACUCAGCGGGUCAGGCAGCAUUUCUGUAUAAAAAGGAGAUAUGUUUCGUGUCGGGAUCUGCCUUCAUACAGAAGGGGUAAGAAGAAGUGUCUUGGCCCGAAACGCCACCCAUUCUUUUUCUCCAGAGAUGCUGCCUGACCAGCUGAGUUACUCCAGCACUUUGUCUAUCUUCAGUAUAUACCAGCAUAUGCAGUUCCUUUCUACACACUUUGAAUGUUUACAUUGUUUCAGUGUCAAAACCCUUGUUGAUAGUUGCUUUGGUUUUGACCAAAACCUUUUGACGUCUUAAGUAUUACGCAACGAGAAUGUAGUCAUUUUGUACUUAAAUCCACUGAAAAUUUAAUUCCAAGGAUUUUUUUGCUUAAUCUCGCAAAUUUACAAUGCACAUCAAUGGUCAAUGUUGCGUGCUUAAACCUGUAUUGACUGGAUGAGUACAUUGGGAAAUUGCAUUUGAUUGAAUUAGGUGGGAUUAGUGCAUUUUUAAUAAAAAUGUAUAUAAUAAUGGUGGUAUAAGAGUUUACUGCUUAAGCGCACAAAACUAUUUGGAACCCUUCAGUGAGUAAUUUAGGAAUUAAAGUAGAACUGGUAAUCGAUAAACUAAUUUUGUCCUGUUGCUUGUUUACUUCCAGGAAAAAUUGGUCAAUUUGAAUCUAUUGCCUUAGUUCUCAAGUACAGUGCCAAGCUUAGUUCCAUGAAGGAUAAAACAUUGGUACAGUUUCAAUUAAUAAUUAAAAGUAAGCUUCCUUACCUUGAUAAACUUGCCUAUUAACUUUUUUUUACAUUAACAUUCUAUUAACAUUUUGAAUUCAGGAUCACUUGUGCACAGCAUGUGGUCUAAUUUCGCUUUUGAUUCUUCUUAACUCUUGUGCCAAAUGCAUUAAACCAAUUAUCCCAACAAUAAAGCUGAGGGAUAAUUUUCUGCUCAUUCUGUGAAUGGUGCUUGUAUUUGAAGAAUACGAACACAGUGGGUAAGUGCUUUAAAAAUUUUUUUUAAUAGAGUUUCAAACAUGUUACGUAACCAAGGGUGUUCAAGCUGUAGGCUUGGGGAUAAAUGUAGAAUAAAUAACCUGACCGAC